AUGAUUGCUCGCACAGCUCUCGUUAUUUCUUCGUUCUUGGUGCUUGCAGCACAAGCGAAAAUAAUAAAUUACCCCCGCCCAUCGAUCUACUCUGAAUCAAAAGUCUUUACUUUGUCAGCCAACAGCACUGAGAUAAACACAAUCGACUAUGCUGGGUACGAUUAUGCCCAUCUGGCCAUGGAUGCCGGCCAUGCGACAACCUUCAGUCUCACAGCUACCGGCGAGAAGGAGAUCAGCGACCUCAUCAUAUCCCCCCGUGCCCUGAAAGUCAAUGCCAAGACAGCUGGUAACAAGCUCAGCUUCUCCAUUAGUAAACCGCAAUACCUCAUCAUUAAGAUCAAUAAGGUCAAGGAAAUGGUUAUUUUGGUGGACUACAUUGAAAAAGACCCUCCCAAACCCAAAGCAUGUGGAAUAUUCAAUGUGCUCAAUUACAAGGCCGACAAUACGGGGAAAACUAUCACCGAUGGUAUUCAAACUGCUAUGGAUGCUGCUGCUAAACGGCCAGGUAGUACAGUCUAUGUCCCGCCUGGGGUCUAUCAAAUAGGCAACCUGGUGCUCAGGAACCACACUUCUCUCUACCUAGCAGCUGGGUCCGUCCUGCGCUUUACCGGAAACAUUGCAGACUAUGACUUGAUUUUUUCGAAGCCCUUCACUGGGGUAGGUCGGGUCGAUGGUACAUGGUGGCUACAGACUGAGUUCUAUUCGACCGAUAUCAAGAUCUUCGGACGUGGGACUAUUGAUGGAAAUGGAUACAACAGCAGACAGUACAAAUCUAUGGCGCAUCUCGUUGUGCCAGUAGGCACGAAGAAUUUCAAGUACGAUGGGCCAUUGAUUCGGGAUGGCUCAUUCUGGACGGUAGUUCCAACCCAAUCCGAGGAUGCAUACCUCACCAACCUCAAGAUCCUUAACCGGAAGGAUGUGACCCAAAACGACGGGGUUGAUGUAGUGGAGUCAAAGGGGAUCACCAUCAAGCGCUCCAUUGCCAUUGGCAACGAUGAUAGUUAUUCAGCCAAAACUUGGGAGGCUGACAACGAGGUGGCACUCCAUUACCCGCACAAGCCUCUGCCCAACCAAGACAUUGUCUUCGACGGCUGCUUGGCAUGGACAAACUGUUACGGAUACAAAGUCGGACAGGGUGUCGUGGAAAAUCAAGACAAUGUAACAUUCAAAAACAGCGUUGUGUAUAACGCUGGCGUUGGGAUAGGAAUCCAUCAUCUGUACGGUUGGGCGACGGCGAGCCGCAUCACGUUUGACAAUAUUGACGUCGAGGAUCAGCAUGGGAACAGUGGAGGCGUGGCCUCGUGGAUCGCUCUCUUCAUCAAUGGUACAGCCAAGCGCGGAGUUGGACCUGUCACAGAUGUUCUUGUUAAGAAUAUCCGUGCUCGUAAACAGGGCAGCCGUGAAGGUUACGCCCAGGGGUUCAACAGCUCAGUCAAGCUGAGCGGCGUGACAUUUUCCGAUAUCUUCAUGUACGCGAACAAAACUCCCGCUACCAGCCUGAAGCAAAUGAAUAUUCUUAAGACAGAAUACUCUGAGGGAAUCAAAUUCGCAAAUACGGCUUAG